CCUCUUCGCUCCGUUAAUCUGAACCAAAAACAUGGCCCACAAAAGACAAGUCCAAGCAAAAGACCUUGGUAUUGAUCUCGAGUCCAAAGACGAAAAAGAGUACUUCAAAUGGUUUCUCGCCUGUCUUCUGUUCGGCAAGCCGGUCCAGCAGGAAGUCGCAAAACGAGCCUUCCUAGAACUCGUACAGAAAGACAUUACUUCUCCCGAUGCCAUUCUAGCGGCCGAAUGGGAUAGGCUGGUUGAGAUCCUCGACGAGGGUCAUUACGUUCGGUAUGACUUUUCGACUGCGACCAAGUUACUCGAGGUGUCGUCUGCGAUCAAGGAGCAGUACAACACGUUUGGCGGCCUGCUAAAGCAAUGCUCGACUACUGAGGAGUUAUCGGCGCAUUUGCAGGAGUUUAAGGGGGUGGGGCCGAAGACGGUGGAGAUCUUUUUGCGGGAUAUGCGGCCUGUUCUUGAGGGUUAGGUUGAAUAUGGUGAGAGUAUGAAGGGGUCGGUGCUCGUAUAUGGGAAAUGAGGUUCAAGGUUCAUUACCAGCACAUAAAAUAGCAGUUUCUCUUCAGUAAUAGUGGCUUUGGGAUGAUCACAGUUUGCAUUCCGCCGAAAGUUGCAGGGUUAUAUGGUGCACCCAUAGCCAUGGGUAUUUUGUCUUAAGAAACUAUGCAAGUAAAAGGAUGCCGACCGAGAGUACUUCGUCAG